AUGUUUCCACAAACUUCGCUGGCUCUGAGCUUGUUGUUGUUUCUCACUGUGCAGAUAUUGAGCACUGGCGACUGCUGGAUGGGUUCACAGAAGCAGCGUCAGAAAAGGGAAUGGGUCGUUCCUCCCAUACAGUUUAAAGAAAAUGUAGACUACAGUCAUCUGCCCUAUGUUGGCAAGAUCCGAUCAGACAAUGAUGAGACCAUGAAGCUACACUACACUCUAAGGGGACCAGGAGCCGACCAGCCACCUGUUGGUUACUUUGUAGUAGACACAUACACAGGACUGGUUCACAUUAUACGGCCCCUGGAUCGUGAGGAGAGACAAUACUACACUCUUAUUGGCACUGCAUGGUAUUCUAACAAAACCAUAGCUGAAGGUAAUAUUAAAAUUAACGUUGUUGUGGAGGACCAGAAUGAUAACUCACCAGUUUUCAUCAAGCCAGAACGAAGCAGCAUUUAUGAGGGGAGCCCAGUUGGUACCUUCAUAACACAAGUUGUGGCCAAAGAUGCAGAUGAGCCGGACACUCCUCACACUAAGAUAGCAUACAGCUUGAUCAAGCAAGAGCCAAAUGAUGGCACGCUUUUCUUUGCUGUUGACAAAGACAAUGGAAUAAUCUAUGUGAAGAGCUCAACACUUGACAGAGAGGAACACAGUUCUUUCGUUCUUACGCUGCAAGCUGCUGACAUGUAUGGAAGCCCUGAAGGAAAUUCUGCUACAGCCACUGUAUUUAUAGAUAUCCUGGAUGUCAAUGACAAUAUUCCUACUUUGGAAAAGGAUGAGUUUUCAGCCAGUAUUGAGGAAAAUGAGGCACCUGUUGAGGUUUUGAGGAUCCAGGCUCUGGAUAAUGACGAAGAGAGGACAGACAAUUGGUUGGCCGAGUUUGAAAUAGUCUCGGGGAACGAGGAUGGACGUUUUUCUAUUGAAACUGAUCCAAAGACAAAUAUUGGUGUUUUGUACCUGAACAAGCCUGUAGACUUUGAGUCAGUAUCUGAUAUGAACCUGAAUCUAGUUGUUGCAAACAAAGCUCUUCCAGGAGCACCAGGUGCAGCUGGAGCUUCUGGAGCAGGUGGUCAACAUAUGUUUUUUGGAGGAAGCUCCAGUGUCCCCGAGCAAAAGAAAUACUUAGUUAAGAUCAGUGUCAAAAACAAACCAGAAAGCCCAAAGUUCAAGCCAAAGAUCAAGCCUAUAUCUGUAUCUGAGAACCCCCUAAAUUCUUUUCCAAGAGUAAUUGACACCUACACUGCUACAGAAGAAGACACAGGCAAAACAGCAGAAAAAGUCAAAUAUGCAAAAGGAUAUGACCCUGACAACUGGAUUUCUAUUGACAUGGAUACGGCUGAGAUCAAAUUGAACAAGGUACCAGAUCGUGAGUCUCCAUUUGUGAUAAAUGGGACCUACUAUGCCAUGAUCCUCUGCAUUACAGAUGAACUGCACUCUCAGACGUCUACAGGGACUAUAGCUUUGCAGGUGGAAGACCUGAAUGAUAACUGCCCCAAACUCGUUGAUAAUGUGCAGAUCGUCUGCAGUGAUGCCAGCAUGGUCAAUGUCACAGCAGAAGAUGGAGAUUCAGACCCCAACGGAGCUCCACUAGAGUUCAGAUUGAUACAAGAGAAGACAAAGGGCAAAUGGAACCUGCAGCAAAUAAAUGAUGUAAGUGCUUCACUGCUCGCUGAAGAUGACUUAUGGCCUGGUUUUUAUGAAGUUACCAUGGAGAUCAGAGACAAGCAAGGACUGGUCUGCCCUGAUGAGCAAGUCCUCCGUUUAGAGGUUUGCACUUGCUCUGAAGGAAUGUUUUGUGGUUCAAAAGUGGCGGCUAUACGCACUACAUCAGCCAGUUUUGGAGCAGCAGGAAUCAGUUUCCUAAUUCUAGGAUUCCUCUGUCUGAUCUUGGUCCCCAUGGCCAUCAUAAAAUGUGAAUUUGGGAAACAUUUUACUGAAAUGCCAAUUGAAACCGAGCAACAUCUUAUCUCCUAUUCCACAGAAGGAAAAGCAACAGAGAUGGAUAUUCCUCAGAUGAAAAUCCCACCAAAACUCAAUAAAAUACAAUUAUUCCAAGAACCUUUAAGAAUGGUGGAAGCAAACUCUAAUAUCCCAGCAGAUGAAAUGCAGGUCCCCUUGUCAAACCAUGCUGUAAAUAACAAUUAUAACAUUAUGCAGACGAGUGCAUUUGGAGGCUUUUACAACGACAUGAACAUGGUAAACUCUGCAAGGUGGCAAGAAGAACAAGUCUCGCUUGAUGCAUUCCUAAAAAAAUACCUUGAACAUAAUUCCAUGUUUAUAUCAGAGAAUGAUUCACCAAAGGAAGGACUGAAGUAUUAUGAUUAUGAGGGUGAAGGAUCUGUCACCGGUUCCAUUGAGAGCUGCAGCUUCAUCGAGUCUAAUGAUGAUCUGGAGUUCAUGAACAACCUGGGUUCAAAGUUCAACACCUUGGCUGAGGUGUGUGGAUUCAGACAGACUGACCCAAAAGUUAUUGUUAAUACUGGUGAGAUAACACCAAAUGCAGCUGCAUCUUCAAGUCACAUGACCAACAUCGUCCAGCCCAGUCCUGAGGAGAUACCUGUUAAAUCCCCACUUGUCCACCCUGAACCUAAUCAGGGGACUGUCAUACAGGAGCCUAUGUACUAUGUAUUCAACCAGCCAAUGGCAAGCAAUGUUUUGCUGCCAGAGAAUGGGCAUGGCCAAGGUGUGUACAUAAUUAAUGGAACUCCAGAAGCUGGGAGAUUUCUGACUCAAGGUAACGGCCAUACACUUGAACAUUUUGGUAGUGGACAACAGGCUGUUCUAUCAAACAACAUUAUUGGUGAUUCAGUCUUGUACUCACAUAUUGGACCUCAAAGUCCAGUCAUGACUACCACAGGUUUAGGAGAAGUUAAUCCUGCUGUAAUUCAAAACCUUUCACCAGCUUCAAACCUUGUAGUAAUGCCACAGCAACAACUAGAUGGAAUUGGUUCACUGCAGAUGUUAGGAGAGAAUGGGCAGGGCAGAGUAAACAGCCAGCUAUUAGUAAGUGGUCCUUACCCGAGUGCUUCAAAAGAAGGUGGAGAUAGUAGACUGAUGGUUAGUGGUCAUUCUAUUCUGGAGGCUCCUGUUAGUGGAGGUAAUUUACUGUUUGCAGGCCCAGGUCAGUAUCCUGUGUCUAUGAAUGCAGGAACUCCAAACCUAAUGGGACUGCAUCAAGUUCAAACUGGACAGAUAAAUAACAGUCAGCUUUUAGUAAAUGGUGUUCAGAACAUUGUAUCAGGGAAAGGUGGACAGAGCAGACAGUUGGUUAGUGGUCCCACAAUUCUAGAGGGUUCAGGUCAGCUUCCACUUGCCAUGAGUUCAGGAGUACUUAGUCCAGUGGAACUUCCACAGGCAGCAAACAGACAGUUAUUCCAUUCUACAGUGUCCAGAGUUCUGACUUCAAUGGUUAUGAUGCCAAAAUCCAAAGGACUUGCAACAAAUUGGCAACGGAACAUUGAGCAGUGAUCAAAUUUUUGGUCUAAUGGCAUUAAUACCUCUUUAAUUCUCAGGAUGGGAUUGUCCGCAGGGAGAAACAUAUACUAUUUUAAACAUUAGAUGAAUUAGAAGUAUUUAGUAUUAAAAUAAGUGAGUAUGAGCAUUUUUAAGAAUUGUAAUAUGUUCUAUAUUAUUUGUCCUGCGUGGUCUGUACCUAUUUCAAGGCCAAUAUUGUUAAAGAUAAAUAACUUGAUUAACAAUAGAUAAUUUAAUGUAUUCUAAAGCUCUUAUUUUCUAUAAAUCCUGUAAUCAAAUUUUAUUAUAUUUAUUGUAAAUGUGAUUAAUUUAAAAUGAGUGUUGAUUAUUAUUAGUCGGUUCAGUCACACGAUUCCAUGGACUUACAUUAUAUUUGCAUUACUGUGAACAACAGGGAGGAGUCGAUGUUAUGUCCUGUGGAUUCCAUACCACAGUUACUACUAUUUAACAUUUCUUUCAAUAUUUCAAAAUGUGGUUUCUCUUGGGAUUUUUGUCGUUAGUGAAGGUAUGACUGUGGUUUACUACUCUGUGAUUAAAAACUUAAUUUAAUGUUAAGUUGUUUGUAAGAUGAUCAUUGUAUGCUACCCAGAUAAAGAUAUUAGAUUUUUCUAUACAUUGGUCUAUAAUUAGAUGUAUGCUUAAUUAGGCAAACAUCUCCUUAAUUAUUUAUUCAGAUCAUUACACCAAGUUUAAUGUACAUUAAUUAUGUGUGUUAUGAGUUGCAUAGCAGUGCAUUCAGAAGCUUUUACCUCUAUUGUUACUGCUGCACCACUAUAAAAGCAAUAAAUAAAUAAAAAGAUUCUAAAUAUUAAAUAUGAUGUUACACAAUAUGGCUAGACAGAUUUUUUUUUGUGAUUCACACUUUCUAAUGGUAUGAAACUUUAUUGAUGUUUUUAGCACACUGGGGUGCAUUUUCCGAAAAUAAACUAUAUUCGCAAGUCACGUCGUAACCAACAGAGUUCAAUGGAACUAAUGACUAUAGUUAGCCACCUAUGCUUUUUGGAACCACACCCCUGGUCAGGUGUUUCCUUAUUGUUUAUGUUUUGCUUGGGGCACACUGCAUUUCAGUGAGAGGUGUAGCACAUGAACUUGUAGCGCAGGUGAAUUCUCAGAGUUCUUUAAAGUGUUGCCGAUCUUUUUAGUGGAACUGAAAAGUAUUUGAACACAUAAGCUACACUAAAAACUGUAUAAUUGUUUGUGGAUAAUGUAGCAAAAUAUCAAACUAAAUGCCAAUUGAUUGAAUGAAAUAUUGCUUUUCAGGCAAAACAACUUAAAAUAAGUUUGCCCGAUUCUAAAUGAUAAAACAGUGCUCAAUACUGAAGUACUAUGGGAUUUUGUGUAUGUCAGACAUUUGUGAACACACUGAUAGGUAACGUAACCUCUGGUUACUCUUGAGGAGAACUGACUUCAUACAGCCAAUAAAUAUCACCUUGCUAAAACUCAUAGCAAAAAUGACUCCAAAAAUUAUUAUUAUUAUUAUUAUUUUAUUAUUAUUUUUUUUUUUGCAAUAUAAACAAAGAUAU